AUGUCUCAUGGAUCCUGUCAAACGAAUGGCAGUAUGACAGCUAGCUGCAAUGAGAUGGACUACAAGAGCGAACUGUUGUUAGAUACUGUGGCACUCUGUGAUCUGUCACAGUUCAACCCCAUCCCCAAUAAUAACAAUAAGAUACUAGAUCUUGCUCUUAGCACUUCUGGAAAUAUGACCAUCACCAACGAGAAGACCUUAUUAAAACAUGAUAAACAUCACCCUGCCCUACGGAUCGAUUUCUCAAGACUCAAAUUCCCUUAA